AUGGAGAUUCUCACGUCCUUGGUGGUCAAUGCAACACCUGAAGACAUGAACAGUACUUCCAACCCCCAGUGGGGGGUGCCCUACCUGAAGAAACUAGCCCACCUGGACGAGGGCCUGUACCAGGAGUUCUACGGCCUGUGGGUGACCCUGAUGGUGGUCAACACCCUGAUGUUCGUGGUGGGUGUGGUCCUUAACAGCCUGGCCCUGUACAUCUUCUGCCUGCCCUCCCAGAUCUCCUCCGCCCCUGUGGUCUAUACCAUCAACCUGGCCGUGGCUGACCUGUUGGUGGCGCUCUCGCUCCCUGCCCGUAUUGCCCUCUACCACAGCGGUGGAGGGUGUCUGGCCUGCUCCUACUUUCACACGUUCAGCUACUUCGUCAACAUGUACUGCAGCAUCCUCUUCCUCACCAGUAUCUGCGUGGACCGCUAUAUAGCCGUGGUGUGGGCCGGGGCCGGGCGCCGCUGGAGGAGCCCUGGGGUCGCUAAGGGAGUCAGUGUGGGGAUCUGGCUCUUCGCCGUGGUGGUCACUUACUCCUUCCAGACCACGGCGCUGGAGAUCAAGGCCACGUCAUGCUGCCGCCUCACCGCCCUCUUUGCCCUGUCCUUCCUGGAGUUCCUGCUCCCCCUGGUGGUCAUCGUGACAUUCACACUCAGGGUGGCAUGCGCCCUGACCGACCCCAGGCUGAUGCCUCAGAGCCAGGGCCGGAGGGCCAGAGCAGUCAGGCUCCUGGUGGCUGUCUUGGUUGUCUUCUCCAUCUGCUUCAUGCCCUUCCACGCGCGCCAGGCGUUGGUGUAUUUCCGGAUGGGGGGUGACAGAGCACAGCAGGUGUUGGCGUACCACGCCACUGUGACCCUCAGCAGCCUCAACAGCUGCCUGGACCCAGUGGUCUAUUGCUUUGUGACGGACAGCUUCCGCUCGGCCAUGCGCCGGGCCUGCAGGAAGGGGCCAGGGGCAGGGGCAGGGGCGGAGGCGGAGGCGGAGAGGACCAGUGGAGGGGACGUUGCCAGUGGACUAAGGAGUUCAAAAGGAUCAGGGACAGCCAUGGCUAUCGCUCACAGUGUGGCCACACUGACUCUCACCCCCUGCACCCUGCAUCAGAGGGAGAUGUCUGCAUAG